AUGGAGGAAAAGAUAGAAAGCGAUUUGCUUAGGAUAUUUACACAGAGUGUGUCGAACAAUUUUGGGGACAUCAAAGAGAGUGAAUCCAAAAUUAGUGCAUUGUACAAUGACACCAAUAGGGAGAAUUACAUUCGAUUACUUUUGAAGUUUAUUAUUUAUCCAUAUGAGGAAAAGAAUGAGAAAAAGAAUUUAUAUGAUAAUUUAUUGAACAAGAAUGUUAAGAUAGGAAUACUGAUAAGCAUAAAAAAUUUCAUAAAAAAAAGUGUACAUAGUAAUUUAGAGGAUCUAGAAUUGAGUCCCGAUUUAUGUAUUCAAAUUAAGCACAUUUGUUUACACAUUUUGCUAGAUGUUGAUAACGAAGAUAUAAAAAAUUUGGAAAAAUAUUUUUAUGAGAUACUAUUAUACCUAUUUAAAUUCAGUAUUUGUGAUGAUUAUGAUUAUUUACUAUUCUAUCUGAUAAUUUUAUAUAUUAAUGAUGGUGGAGUGUCAAGUGUCCUUCAAUUAAUGCACAAUGAAGAAAAAAAAAAAAUAGAGGAUACGACCAAUAUCAUCCAGUGCAUUAUGCUAUACGUAAGGAAUAAAGAAAUUAUAGAAAAUUUAAAUCAAGAUAAUUUCUUCAUUCAAUACCCUAAAUUUAUGAGCAACUUAGAAGAUAUCAAGAAUGUUAUUAGUUGUAGAAAUAAAUCCCUAAGUGAUGACAUUGUAAAUUAUAUUAACAAUACAAAGAGGGUUUACAAAACUGGUGACAAGUACGAUUUGUUUAUGUUAAGUGAUUUCACGCUGUACAAUAUUCCAGAUAAUGCUUCCCCAGCGGGUACGGGAAAUUGGGUCGGAACGGGGCUAUCGGGUCAGGUCGGAACGGGGCUAUCGGGUCAGGUCGGAACGGGGUUAUCGGGUCAGGUCGGAACGGGGUUAUCGGGUCAGGUCGCAAGUAAUAGUCUUGACAUGAGAGACAGUUCUCUUAGCUCCAUAAGCACAGGAAGUGCAACACUGGAUUUUCCAGGAAAGGGAACCAUUUUAAAUGAUUUCAAUGGAAAUAUCAAAGUAAUACCGACGUGCAUCUCCGUGCCCCACCUCCCAUAUAAACAAAUGAACAUAAGUGAACUUCAAAAAAAACUUAUAGCCAUGAAAAUUAUAAGAAAAAUAGUGAAAAAAUACAAAAAUAACGAUUAUGUAACAAAAUAUGACUUAAAAAUAAUUCUGACACAUAUAGAAUUUCCAAUAACCUUGUAUUUUAUUUAUUUAUAUUUAAAAUUUGCUCAGUGUAACUCUUAUCUGAUGGAUAAGCUGAAUAAUGAAAUGGAUGGAAAUAAAAAUUCAAUUCUUGCAAUUACACAUGGAGCAGAUGCACACAAUGAAACGUAUUCUCACAUGAGUAGAUGUUUUCUUGCAAUGAAUUACAUUCUUCAGAAUAUGUAUGUUUUUUUAAAAAUUUUUUACUCUAUCAUUAGUAUCGACUUACCAGAAUAUUAUGAAGAUAAUUUUGAAAUAUUUUUCAACAUUUUUAACAAUAUUUUGCUUUAUGAUAAUGCCAUGAUCAGAAAUUUUCACAACCAUAUGGAUGCGUUAUAUAAAAGGGGAAAACCAGCCAAUGCUGUCAGCAGUGGGAUUGGCAGCGGGAUCGGCAGUGGGAUGUCUGCUUAUGGGUCUGGCUCGCCCCCAGGCCAAUCACAUCUGAGUGAACCAAAUUGCGUAAACAAUUUGGGAUCAAACAACUUAUCGAGGGGUAAAAAUAUUUCAAAGGGAGAGUUAAACGCAGAGGAUUUAAACAAGAUAAGUGCCAUAUUUUCUCAGAAUAUUUUAAAAUGCAAAGUCAUGUUAGUAGAUGUAAUUAAAAUAAUUUCAGAGUCUUAUCAAGAUGAAUCCAAAAAGUACAUCGUAAAGUUAAUAUUUUCUUUAACACAAGUGUUGUAUACAGAAAAUGACAAGAAUCUUUUGUGCCAUAAUUACAACUGUCUUGCAUCUACUAUCAAACUUAUUCAUCACAUGAAUCUAAAUAAAAAUGAAUCCAAUCCAUAUAAAGACAAAGAAUUUUUGCACAAAAUACUAGAACGAGUAUUACAUCACAUUAGACUUAAACGAAUUGACAUUGAAGAAAUUCUAGAUGCAGAUCUGGAUUACUUUAGAAAUGAUCUUAAUAAAAUCAAUUCAUUUUCUGUGCGAUCCACAGCCACGUGUUUCUUAAAAACACUUUGUGAUAAUUACUUCGAUGUUUGCUUUCCAAUGUUAGAAAUGCGUAUACUGUCGAAGGAUUCACUCAUGCUUGGUUCAGGAACAGUUGGAGGUAUCCAGAUGGGUGGUGCUGUGGGUGCACAGAUGCAUACCCAGUUCAACAAUGCACAGCAAAACAUGAACACGAGUGACAACAACCAACACGCUGUGGUAAUAGACAAGAACGACCCGUUUUAUGAAGCGUGCAAUAUAGAAUACAAGAUUCAGCUGAUUACAUGCCUAGGUCAGGUAAAUUUAGCCUUAAACUUUUAUGAACAAAAUGUGCAGCACAUGUUGAAAGAAUUUGUGAUGACAGUAGGGAUGAAGUAUCCAGAUGUAGAAUCCAUUUGUUACAAUAUAGACGAUUAUGACUUUGCAAGUGUACAUAUGGGAAAUGCUGCUAUUAAUAUGAACAGUAAUGCCAAUAGUGCAAGUAACACACAUAUGAAUAGCGGAAGCAGGAACAACGCAGGUGGUGGUGCUGCUGGUAGUAGUGGUAGUAGUACUACUACUUGCAACAACAAAUGUGUAUGGUUGUCAAAUGAAGAACUUUUUAACAAUACAAACACCAUAUAUUUAUUGGCAAUUUUGAAAUUUAUACUAAAUAAUAGAAACAUAUGCACAAGCUCUAACAGGAACGCUUUAGAUGUAUUCGCUUUUCUUUACAACUUACUCUUUAGUGAGAAAGUCAUGAUACACAGCUAUGCAUGUUUAUGUAUUAACAGAAUUUUAAAUCAACAAAUAAGUAACGAGUUGUCUGAAUCUAUUUUUUCAACAUGUAUUAUGAAAAUUCUGAAUCGAUUGUUAUUCCUUCUAAAAUAUCAUAUACAUAUGAGGGUGUUAAAUGAGUAUAUAUUAAUAACUAUCAUGCGAAUUUUUAUUAUAUUUUCAGAAAAAUUAGAAAAUUUAUAUGUUACAGUUUUAUUAAUAUUGGACAACACGAUAAAAACAAUUAUAAAUGAUUCACACAACCCAUUGUUUAAUCAUUACUUAUUUGAAUUACUAACCAUUGUAAUUUCAUUAAUAUAUAAAUCACAUAAUGUUAGAAGCAUAAAUCAAGUAGAAGAAAUUAUCAUUUGUACCUUCUCCCAAAUUUUACAAGUCUAUAUUCAUGAUUUCAUUCCAUAUAUUUUCCAAAUCUUAUCUAUCAUUAUAGAUAAUACAUCUACCAUUCAGAAAGUGCAUAUUAAAAUUUUAACAAAUUUGUAUGAAAUGGAUUUAUGGAAAAGCACAGUUGGAAAUGCUAAUGGAAUUAUAUGUGUCCUACAGAGUUAUUUUAAAAAAUAUCAUCUUUUUCAAGAAAUUAUCAAAAAUAACAUGCAACAAUUGUUUAACAUUUAUCACUAUUGCUUAUCUAAUAAAAAAAUAUCAACUGAUUCAUUUCAGAUCGUACUUAUUAUUUUUACCUACCUCCCUUUGGAAUCUUAUAAAACCUACUUAAAACCUCUCUUUGUAUUACUUUUCACGUUUAUUCAGCAGUACAAAAAUGACAUCAUUAAAAUCAAAGUUGUUCACACUCUCUCCAUUUUGGUGCUCAAGAUAGACGUGACUCUCUUCAUUGACAUUGUCGAGCAGAUUCACACUGGUCUCAUAUUCAACAUACUGAAGAACCUGUACAUGCCCAUACUAGACAAGCUAAUCAAUGUAAAUGAAAAAAUUAUAAUAUUCCUCGCACUGACAAAACUGAUAAGUAAUAACAAAAUUAGAGAAGAACCGUUCGUGGUAGACAUCCUUAACCUGCUUAAUCAGAACAUCACUAAUAAUGAACUCGUUUUGAAGAAGAACAAAAUCCAUGUGCAGGAUGUCCAGAAGGAUGAGAUAGACAAAAACUUCGAGGUUACCUAUGUUAAACUCCAGAUGAUCAAUAAUGACAAUAUUAAUGAAACUGUCCUUCGCAACAUCAACAUCAACCUCGAGCUGAAGCAAAACCUGUACAAUUCCACGUUCAUGCAAAUUUGCCACACACACGGGUUCAACAGCAUCUUGCAGUUGUUCAAUACCUGA